UCCGCUUCGAAGUAUAACGUUAGGUUAGUGUAUCUAUGGCAUAGACAUACUGCAGUAGCCUUCUAAAGUAUCGUUAUGAGUUUCUUAUCAUCGGUGGAACAACCCGGCCAGUCACCCCGGGUUCAACUGCAGCUUUUCUGUUGUUUGAUUUUCUUCAACGUUCUGUAUUUUAUCAUCGGACUAGCAUGUGAAAUAACAAGUGCCUACAUCGGUAUCGCAUAUCGUGAUAAAGUCUACAGCAUUGUAGUAGAUACCGACAGCAUUAAUGCCAUCGUAAUAGUGACAGCAGUGUUAGGACUUGCUCUUUUUAUCAUGACAAUCUAUGGUUGCUAUGCAUAUUCAAAGCGAUUCAAGUCUUCUGUGAUCUUGUUUACCAAGAUGCAUCUGCUUCUGUUUAUCAUCGUUAUUGUCGUAAGCAUUGUCAUUUUCUUGCUCAGUAGUCAGAAGUCAUUGUCAAGCCCGACUAGUAUACACCACUUGGACAAAUAUGGACAGCCUGGGUUCGAGCAGUAUACAAGUCAAUGGGAUGAAUUACAAAUAGUGGAGAAUUGUUGUGGAAUUCAGAGCUGUAAAGAUUGGAAAAUAGUUCCCGACUCGUGCUGUGUUAGUAACGGGAAUGGGUGCACCACAAAUGUAUCAGAUCCUACAUUUAAUAGCAAGGGUUGCUUUGAUGUUGCACGAGAGUCGCUUUCAUCCAUCUACUAUAUCGUUAGUUCCAUACUACUAUUAGUCGGUAUUUUUCUGGUAAUAUACUUUCUGUUUAUUUAUUUUUUCAUAACAUUUGGUAAAGAAUGUACCCAUAAUGAUAAUGAUGUUGGUAAUUAUGAUAUAAUAGCAGCAGCAGCGGCAGCGGCGGCGGCGUUUCGUAGAUGGCGAGAAAUGAGCUUUCCUGACUUUUGAGGUGUCUUUUUAUGACUUUUAAGUCCUACAAAAUUCAAGGUUUUCCUCUUUUGAAAACGAUUCCAUGAAUCAAUAAACCACAAAGAGAAAGGUUGGUUUGGGUUCUCCCCAGGAAAAUUUUUUUUUCUAAAUGGCGGGAAAUGAGUUUUCCCGACUUCAGAAGUGUUUUUUUUUUUAUUGACUUUUAAGUUCUUCAAAUUUCAAGGUUUUCUCCCUUGAAAACGGUCAGGUAAAUUAUUCUCUAUUCUUAUUACAGAAAAUAGGCCUUAUGUGUGUACCGGUAUACGUUGCACGUAUUCUCUUUUCCAUGGAUCGAUGAACCCCAAAAAGAAAAGGGGGUCGGGGUCCUCCCCUGAGAAUAUGUUGAUUUCUAGGUGGCGGAAAAUGAGCUUUCCCGACUUCUAAUUUUGUAUUCAAGGUCGUUAUUCUUUAUUCAGAUAAAAAAAUAAAUUAAAAAUUACAAACAGACAGCCAAAGACUGUAUAUGAAUGUAUUACAAUCAUUGUUUAAAAAUUUUAAAACAGAACACCAAAAUUCAAGAAAUUCACAACACAAACAUAAAAGAAAACAAUGGAUAAAAAGCAUAGCACCAGACAUAAAACCAAAUUAAAAUGAUAAAAAUGGAAUAAAUAAAAUAUAUAUAAAAUUUAUAUAAAAAAUACAUUAAUAAAAAUUGAAUUGAAUUUUCUUAUUGUAAAUAAGAAAAAACCGGUCCAUCUGUUAUAUUUUUUCAUCUUUUCCCUUUUUUUUUAUCUUUUCCUUUUUUAGCCUAAGGGAGGGAGUCAGCACCCCUGAUCCCCCAGAUCAGCCAGUAUGCAUUGCAAGAAAAUCUAACUCGGUUUGGGACUGGAUAAAU